AUGAAGAAUAAAAAACGAUCCUCAGUUUGGAUUUAUUUUGAUGUUAAGGAGAAUGAUUCGCGUUACGCUCAAUGCAAUAUUUGUAAUAUACACAUUUCUCGCGGCGGUACGGGAAAGAGAGCUUCGACUUCAUCUUUGGCUAAACAUUUGAAGGCCAAACAUAAAGAAGCAUAUAUGAGGAUACAUGGAGCUGAAAAGACAAUUAAAAGUAUUCAAAGCUACAACAAUCCAAUAUUUCCAUGUAAAACCAACUCUGGAAGUGAAGAUGAAGAAUCAAUUGUAUUGGAUCCUGAUAGUGAGCUGUGGGGUUUCUUUGACAAGCAACCUCACAAUAAGGCCAAAUGCUCCAUGUGUGAUGAACGGCUUAGGCGGGAUGCAGACACACUGUACAAACAUCUGAAAGAAAAACAUUCUAAGAUCUCCGAGAACUUGGAGUACAAAGACAAUGAAGAAAAUUUUACGGAAGUAAUCUACCUAGAAGAACCAAUAGAGUCGAUUAAGGAGGAUCAGGAUAAAUUGUUGUUUGAAGUGCAACCCAAGGCCAAGAAAACAUUCAAGAGACGCUACAGCACAAGAGAUGACGUAAAGUACAUUGAACCAAAUAAAAGCCAAAGUAAGGACGAUGUGGAAAUUGAAAACUUUGGAAAAUAUAUCACAGGAUUACUGAAAGGUGUACCAAGGGCAGCCAGUUCGAAGCUACAAAUGGAAAUUGUGACUUUGAUUAUGAAUACAAAAAUUAAUUUACAAACAACACCAGAUAUAGACAGCGAAGUGGUUGAAAGAAGUAAGGAAAGUGAUCCGCCGGAUAUAGGACAAGAGAAUCAGGAAAACCAAGACAAGCUAGACACAACGACCUCCAGCGAAUUCGGAACAAAUCAAGACACGCGCUCCCCCAAACGACCCAAGCGACGAAUCAGCUACCGCGAAGAAUACUCCUACAAGAUCAACCUAACGGAGAACGAAGAGCGGGAAAUCGAAAAUUUCGGAACAUACGUCACAUGCUUACUCAAAACGGUCCCAGAGAAUAAAAUCAGCGCGAAACUUCAAAUGAAUAUUGUCAAUCUUAUUAUGACAGCUCGGUUACAGGCUCUACAGAAAAAUGUACCGGUUUUGACAAUUAACGGAACCAUAGAGUUAGAUAAUACAAAUGUAGAUGAUAAUCAGGUUAUGUUUACGGAUAGUUAG